AUGUCGAGCGGCGAAGGAAUGCCCUGCCCUGUGGUAAUGGAGGACCCCGACCCAGAGCAGAUACAGCGCUUACGUAAGAGGGGUGAGGAAAAGUUAGCGCGUAAACGGGCAAGGAUGACUACUGUCUUUUGCUGUCGAGGGAUCUCUCCCCUUCGAGGAUGGGCACUACCGAAUGGUGCUCUUGUGGGUCCUGCGUGCCGUUUACUACGAUGCUUCCGUUACUGCGCCUACCGCUCUUUUGUAUUAUGGUGUUAUGGACGUCUCGGCAUAGGUAGGAGGUUCGAACUUCCUGCCUGUGUUCGAGGCGCCAUAAUGAAGGAGUUCCCCUCUGAAGGUGGGAACUAUGUGGGUUUCAAGGUAAGACAGGUUCAAGGAUUCAAGAUUUUUAUCGUAUUACCACAUUAUUACAAACCGUUAUAG